GUGCAUGGUCGGAUGGUCGUGGAUGGUGGAAAUGGUAGAGUACCUUCUGUCAACUAUUCUCGGCCUAAUAGACUAGUUGCCGAUUUAACAGCACCACGCGCGGGCAGUGCAUCGCCGAAGAAGUACCAUCAUCAUCCAAUUCGCAAAAUUGUGGUAAUCAUUUACUGCGCCGGUAUUUUUUAUUUUUUUUAAGUUCAUUAUUACUAUAGCUGGAACAGCUUCCAUAUCAUCAAGCUAAGAGAAAGUACAAUGCUGAAAUUUCAACACCGUUAAUUUAGAUAAAUCUGGAAGUGCAUGUGGAAACGAUGCAAUUAAUAUGGAGCAGAGUGAAAGCAUGAUCUGUCCCAUAAAUGGGGCCGAUAAAUCACAGAAUUUAUAAAAAUGCGGGGGCUGAUUGGGCGGUAUCUGUUAACCGCCUGUUUUGUCAUGGUUAGUGCAUAUGACGCGGCUAAUAAACUGAUUCGAGACAAUGAUCUUAAAGCUAUUUUAACUAAAGCGGAAUGGAAUGGACUAGUGGGAGAUGAUAGUAAAAAUUUUACUGUCACUUACGUGAAUUCCUUUCCAUUGAAUGACGAACACGAUCGGAAAAAGCCACUUGUAAAACGUAAAUUACAAAUUGAUGCUCCAAGUUUUGGGCGCACUUUCGAUCUCGACCUAUUUCCAACUCCCAAUCUGGUAUCUGAUCAUUUCAUGGUUUUGGAAGUUUACCCGAAUGGAUCAGUGCCGUUUGAGUUUAUGGACGAAGAUCUCAGAUGUUAUUUUCAGGGUUCCAAUGCUGCCGUUAGUUUAUGCAAAGGAGUGAAUGGUAUAAUCCACUCCGAUGAAAACCAUUACUAUUCCAUCCAACCACUGCCAAGCAGAUUCCAUAAUGCGACGUACAUACCGCAUUUACUACUACGAAAUUCGCAUGAGACUUUCAAAGACAAAGACUACUAUAGACUUAAAGAAAAAUUAGACGUUUUAAGUGAUUUCAAUAGUAAACUAGCUUAUUUUCGCCCAGUAAUGCUGCUUAAUAGCAUAAAGAAAGACUCGAAUAAACUAAGUAGAAAAAAUAAACUUCGCAUAGAGCCAGAUGUAAGUAAUGUUAAUUCUACAUCAAAAGAAGCUGGAAAGAAUAAUGGAGCUAAAUUAACAAACGACGGACAUGCUGACAGUGGGGUCUAUUUGCAAUCGCCUAAUAAAACCAAAGAAAUAAAAGCCAAAGUGAUGUUUGUUGAACGAAAAAAAUCAAAUAGGACAUUGAAACGAAGCAGGCGAGAUACUUUUCCUGCUGGGGCCACCGUUUUUGUGGAAACCGCUGUUUUUGUCGAUCGAGAUUUGUUUGAACAUAUGAAAACGAAUUUUCCCGUGGAUACAGAGCGGGAAAUUACCCGAUUUGUCUUGGCUAUGAUUAAUGCAGUUCAACUGCUCUACCAUGACUCUUCAUUAGGACGACCAGUUAAUUUUGUUCUUAAACGACUGGAAAUUAUGAAAGACGAAGUGGCAGGUCUGGUAAGACCUCCGGAUAUCGACAGAUUUCUGUCCAAUUUCUGCAACUGGCAAAGAAACCAAAAUCCGGUUGGUGAUCGACAACCAUUGCAUUGGGACCACGCGUUAAUACUUACCGGACUCGACUUGUACGUGAGAGGAAAGCAUGGAAAGAUAUCGAAUCAAGUCGUAGGUCUAGCGCCAGUGGCUGGCAUGUGCACAGCUACCAGUAGCUGCACAGUAAAUGAAGGUCGUCAUUUUGAAAGUGUAUACGUUGUGGCACAUGAAAUUGGACACAACUUGGGAAUGAGACACGACGGUCCCUUAGCCGAUAAUGAUUGUGAUCCGAGCAGUUACAUUAUGUCCCCAACUUUAGGUAGCGGCAAAAUUACAUGGUCAGCGUGCAGCAAAAGAUAUCUUCAAAAGUUUUUAGACACUCCUCAAUCAAGAUGCCUUCUUGACCAUGGUAGUUCCGCAGGUCAGUUGGAUCAUGGUGCGGAAGGAGCAUUGCCUGGAGAAAGAUUUAAUGCUGAUCAGCAAUGUAUGCUAAAAUAUGGCAGAGGAAGCAAACACUCUUCUCAGCAGCCACUGGACGAUGUGUGCAGAGACUUACAUUGUGAAAGGGAAAGAUACACUUGGACAUCACAUCCAGCUCUGGAAGGAACAUAUUGCGGGAACGGUAUGUGGUGUCGAGGUGGACGAUGUAUAGCAAAAGGAUCCAUUCCAAAACAAUCAUACAGCGGCGCUUUGAAACAAAGUCCGGACUCUGGUCAAGUGAAUGGCGGAUGGGGUGAUUGGAAGCUUAGCGAAUGCGCUUCGGGAUGUCUGUUUGGAGAAGAAGGACGGCUGAGAAGUGGAAGCACUGGAAUUGUUGUGUCGCAGAGAUUGUGCAAUAAUCCAAGCCCUCAAGGUACUGGUCAAAACUGUGAUGGUCUCGAACGCAAAUAUCAGACCUGCAACGCUCAACAAUGCCUAAAUGUUCCUAGACUAACUAUAAAAGAAUUUGCUGAGCAAAUUUGCACUCGAGCGAAAGAAGUGGAUAAAGAUUUAACGGGAUCGGGGAUGCAAAAGAUUAGCUCUGAUCCUGAAGAAGCGUGUGUGGUUUGGUGUCAGAAGCGCAAUGGUGCUACAAAGAGCAGAGGUUGGACAUUUCCAGAUGGAACAGCAUGCCAAACAAGGAGAAAUAGAUACGGUCGCCCAAGUUAUUGCAUCAACGGGCGAUGUGAAGAAUUUGUGUGCGACCCUUUCGAAGAAGCUGUUUUUACACAAAUGCCAGAUCUGUGUCCUAUUGACAAGGACAACAAUGAAAUUUCUUGGAGAACAGGGUUGAGAAGAAGAGAAGGUGCAAUACGCUGGAAAAGCGCCAGCGGUUGUCAUUACAAUUGCAUCUCUCCAGGGUCAGGAAUUAGACUGGUAAUGAACAAAAAGAUGAGUAAAAGCAGCAUACAGUUAUGUCAACCCGAACAGUAUGGAUGUGGCAAAGUGAAAAGUCCCUUUCAACAUGCCUCUAUGAUUUGCUCCAAAUACAAAGACAGGGUGAGGCGAUUAUCUGGAUUAGGAAUGCAGAUUUCACCAUCACUCGAGGAUCCAGAUAGGCCGUGCCGCGUGGCUUGUCAGGAUGAAAACAUCUCUCAUCGAUUUUACUUAGUUAAUGGUGAAGACGGAUGGUUCCCAUUUGGAACGGACUGUUCCAGAGGAUCGACCGAUAAAAAGGCAUUCUGCAUUAGUGGAAAAUGUUUAGGGUUUGGUUCUGAUGACACACCUUUAUCUGAGAGUGAGUUUACGCUCCCACUAUUGUCCAGAAACAAAAGAUCCUUAGAUAGAAACAGCACCAAAGUAACGGUUAAGUUGAAGCAAGAAGAACUAGAUGCAAUUGUGGAAAGAUUUAAUAAGACUUUAGCAGGUUUGACUGAUCAAUCUAUGAAGUUUUUCAAUGUAGAUUAUAAUAAUCCAAUCCAUAUCCAUAAAGAUUCGGAUAUUAAACCCAACUACCAUUUCGGCCAAGAGUUUGACUCUGAAACUAUCGACCACGACAAUGCGAACUAUACAUAAUUUAUUAUAGAUAGUAUAUGUAAUUUUUAUUGACCAAAUUUGUGCAAAAAUAAACAAUUUUUAUGGAG